AAAAUAUGUGGAGAAGCAUGAUCCAAACAAGGAUUCGUGGCUAGAAUGGGAUCCACUUAUCUGGAAGAAGGUGGUUGGACCUCCUAAAAAGGGUCAAAUGAGAGAGAUGUCUACAUUACAGGAUCUAGCAGAGCAUGACAUCCCUUGGUGAUGGUAUGACAUGAGUGAGGCUUCCUUUUCUACCACUAGGAUUCUUACGACACAAGUCCAACAAUUGCAGUCUAAGCUUAUUCAAGUUCGGCAAGAAAUGGUUGAGCACGUUCAGAUAGAGGUGGCCGCACGUAUUCAUAUAGAGGUAUCACAGAGAGUAUCAGAGAUGGAGGCCAGCUUUGAGAAGAGAUUCAAAGAGCACAUGCGCUUACUUAGCCAGCAAUAUUCUAUGAAUGCUACACAACCCCAAACUGGUUGUCCUUCUUUUGCACCACCCAAGACUGCUGAUCCUUCUUUUGGAGGAUUUAGACCUGAUCACUUACCACCUCCUAUUUAGAGAUAUUGAUAUUUUAAACUUAUAUUAUAUAUGUUUAUAUAUAUGUACUAUAUAUGUAUAUAUAUGGUGUGUAGGAUGAGAAGUUAAUAUAUAUUUAUCAAUUUAAACUAGUUUUUAGUUAUGUAGUAUUUGAGUUUAAAUAAGCAAAAUAUAUAAUAUUAAUAAAAUUUGACAAUCCUA